AUGCCCAACAGUAUCUUUGGUGCCUGGCAGAUGAAGCUCAAGAAAAAGAUCCGACCUCAACCUCGGCCUCAGCCUCAGCCUCCAAUUCCGCUUCCGUCCACUGAGCUUGCCAAGCCUCACAUCAAGCGAGGAUACGUCAACGCGGCGCAGAAGUCAAAGAUCAAAUUCUCAGAAUUCGUCGUAUUCUCAUCUUGCGCGUUGGCUGAAACCGAAACGACGGAAGACUGCUUCCUCUUCGACAAACUUCGAGAGAUUUUCACGGAAGAUCUCAGCAGCGCAUUUCAAUACUCCAGAGAGAGAUGGGCUCGCGAUGGGAGUUCCUCGAGUAACCAUACACUAUUUCCAAUCAGGUCGCGCGUCGAUAUCGCUGAACUAUCCAAGCCGUUCCAGCAGGACUCUGAAUUUGCGCCCCCUUCAGCAGCCAUCGACAAAAGCCCACCUCAGCUAGAUCCGCUUCCUGACAUGUCUAGCUGUAGCCUGGAAAGAUCAUCUACUUUACGAGCUUGCAUAGAAGCGGCACCGGAGGAUAAGAGUUUGGAAGACAAGUCGCUGCGCUCCACUACUAAGUGUGAACGCAUCACAACUCAUCCCAAGGCCUCGGCAGCACUUACACUACAACCUGUAGGGCGUAAGACACUAUCCAUCACAAGGCCCUUGCCCUCUUGCGAUUUAGUUGCUCCUGCGACACUCGUCGGCUCCCUUGGCGGGUUUAACAAAUCUGGAGGCCAUAGCCACUGGCAAAGAGGUCAGAUUUCGUCAAACUGGACUCAGGGUAAUUCGGACAAACCACCAUCGAUGCAAGAUCAUCUCAUGCAAGACCCUAGUCAGUGCUCGCCAUCGCGGUGCACCUCGGCCACCACGUUUCAACCGCCCACAAAUAUACUUGAGAGUUCUUACUUAACUAUCGAAGAAGGCGAUCAACCAUGA